AUGGCUGAGGAGGAAAACAAAGAGUUGGAGAUUGAUGCAGAGGAAAAGGCUGGCAAGCUGGAGCAGGCGCUUAGCAACAGAGGAAAGAAUUUGCCCACAGAGGAACUUCUGUUGGUGGAACAGAAGCGGCUGGACUCCCUGAUAGGCUAUGGGUUGGACUCCCAAGGGCUGGACUCCCUGACUGGCUAUGGGUCAGACUCCCAAGGGCUGGACUCCCUGAUAGGCUAUGGGUUAGACUCCAAUGGGCUGGACUCCCUGACAGGCUAUGGGUCGGUCGCCCAAGGGUUGGACUCCCUGACUGGCUAUGGGUUAGACUCCCAAGGGCUGGACUCCCUGAUAGGCUAUGGGUCAGACUUCCAAGAGCUGGACUCCCUGACAGGCUUUGGGUCGGACUCCCAAGGGCUGGACUCCCAAGGGCUGGACUCCCUGAUAGGCUAUGGGUUAGACUCCAAUGGGCUGGACUCCCUGACAGGCUAUGGGUCGGUCUCCCAAGGGUUGGACUCCCUGACUGGCUAUGGGUCAGACUCCCAAGGGCUGGACUCCCUGAUAGGCUAUGGGUCAGACUUCCAAGAGCUGGACUCCCUGACAGGCUUUGGGUCGGACUCCCAAGGGCUGGACUCCCUGACAGGCUUUGGGUCGGAAUCCUAA